CUGGCCCGGCCGCGGCAGCUUGGGGGCUGCUGGGGCGGGGGGGGGCAGCACCCCCAGAGCGCCUCGGCCCUCCCUCGCCCCGUCCCCUCCCCGCACGAUGCGAGGAGGCAGAGCUCCCGCUCGCCCGGUCUCUGCGAUCCGCGGGCGGGGGGCGCAGCCUGCCCAAAAUCUGGGUUGGUUUCUGUUGGUUUUUUGUUCUUUUUUUCCUUUUUCCUCUCCAGGAUCAUGGAGUUUCUGCCUCCGUUUCAGCGUGUGGUGCAGCCUGAAGAGAUGUGGCUUUACAAAAACCCGUACAUAGAAGUGGAUCACGUACCCACAGUACCCAUGGUGUUCAUGAAUGCCGACCGAGAAGACACGCGGGAAGCCUGCCUAGCUGCCAGCCUUGCUCUCGCCCUGAACGGGGUUUUCACAGAUGCCCUGAAGCUCAUUGUGGGGAGGCCACGGCCAGACUUCUUCUAUCGAUGCUUCCCGGAUGGGCAAGCGAACGUGGAGCUGGUGUGCACAGGCGACCCUGGCAUAGUGACUGAGGGACGCAAAAGCUUCCCCAGCGGACACGCUUCGUUUGCCUUCGCUGGGCUCGCCUUCUCUGCCUUCUACAUAGCCGGGAAGCUGCGCUGCUUCGCUCCCGGCCGGGGAGGCAGGGCUCUGCGGCUCUGCAGCUUCCUCCUUCCGCUGUUCCUCGCCACCCUCAUCGCCGUGUCCCGCACCUGCGACUACAAGCACCACUGGCAAGAUGUGUUGGUUGGCUCAGUGAUCGGCUUCGUGCUUGCGUACCUCUGCUACAGGCAGUAUUACCCUCCUCUGACGGACUCUGUGUGCCACAAGCCAUUUCUGUACAAAUCCAGACAACUGCCAGCGCACCAAGAAAAGCCUGCAGCUUCCAGCUUUCCCCUAGAUAUAUAGCGAUGGGCUCUGUCCUGCCGGCAUCUCUCCUGCUGCUCCUUCAGUGCUAGGGCAGGGGAAGGCUUUGGGGAGGUUGGUCGUGAUCUGCAAGAAGUGGCUCAAAUGAGGAUGAACCCGAAACCCAAGCAGGCGUUCUCUGCAGUGCUGGUAAGUUGUCCUGCUCAGGGGCCUGUGUUGCUUCGUUUAACCGAGUUUUGUAGGUGUCCCUCCCUUCGGGCCCGCUGCGAAGCGAGCGAGGCAUUCGGCGUGCAGGCCUGCAGGAGGACAGCCCAGGUAUGAAAGGUGCUGAAGCAAGAGCUGGAAAAACAUGACAGUCUGGUGUGCCCCGUCCGGUGGGUGUUCUUGUGUCCGGUCCAGAAAGCACCAUCAGUCCAGUCUCUUCAGUCCAGCCGAGCUGUCCCAUCCCUUCUCAUGGGAAGCAUAUGUCGAAAUGAAGUGCAGGACCUGCUCCUGGCGCCGGGUUUAAGUCCGUCUUUUCAAUUGCAGCUGAGCUAAUUUGGAGUAAUGAGCGUGAGGUUGCAGUCUAACCAUGGAUUAAGUGGGGGAGAGGGAAGAUGAAACUAGCAUGAUCAUUAUUUGUAUUAUUGUGCUAGCCCUGAUUUUUUCUAAUUUGCCAAAUAAAGGAGUUUAAUUUUUUUAAUGAA